AGCGGACGCCAGUUUCUGCAUUCUGUAAGUAGAAGUAAUUUUCUGACCAACUUUUCCACCUAAUUUCUGCUGUAAAGUCAUUGUGUGAUAAAGCUUUCGGACGCAACUGCAACGUCGAGUCUGAGGAGAGAAAUUCAUGUUCAGUGAAGUUCCUCACAACAAUCACACAUUCAGCAAUUCAUCAGUAAAUGCUGGAAUAUUUCCAUCAGUUCUCAAGUGAGGACGAGCAUCAAAUCAUCAGGAAGAGCUGAAAUCUGCAAAAUCUGAGUUUAUUAAAGAGGACAGGGAGAAGAUGGGAGAUCCAGAACCCUGCAGAAUCAAACAAUGUGAAGAUGCUGAAGAACAAACAGAGUUGAUUGAAGAAAAUGAGGAGAAUGAAGAAUUGAGUGAAGUUGAGGGAAACAAUCUCUUCAGAACUGGGAAAAAACCUUUGAGUUGCUCUCAAACUCUUAAAGUUUUAAAGAAAAGAAGAGCCAAAAAAUCUUUCACCUGCACUCAGUGUGGAAAGAGAUUGAGAUGCAAACAUCGUCUUGAUCUUCACUUGAGAAUUCACACUGGAGAGAAACCAUACAAGUGUUCACACUGUGACAAGAGAUUCAGUCGGUCAGAUCACCUGAAAACACAUGAGAGGAUCCACACUGGAGAGAAACCGUACACUUGUGAUCAGUGCGGGAAGAGUUUCACACUAAAAGGAAACCUUACAUCACACAUGAAAGUUCAUACUGGAGCGAAACCAUUCUCUUGUGAUCAGUGCGGAAAGAAUUUCUCACAAUCAUCAAACCUUAAGUAUCACAUGAACAUCCACACUGGAGAGAAGCGACACACAUGUGAUCAAUGCGGGAAGACAUUUUUGUGGGCUUCAGUCCUGAAAACACACCUGAGAGUUCAUACAAAGGAGAAACCACAUUCAUGUCAUUUGUGUGGAAAGAGUUUUUCACAUCUACAGCUUUUAAAAGAACAUCAGAAAACACAUACUGGUGUGAGACAGUACAUGUGCUUUGAGUGUGAGAAGACUUAUACUUCAGCGAGCCGUUUAAAACUGCAUGAGAUGAUUCACAGUGGAGAGAAACCUUACAAGUGUUCACACUGUGACAAGAGAUUCAGUCAGUCAUCAAAUCUGAAAACACAUGAGAUGAUCCACAGUGGAGAGAAACCUUACAAGUGUUCACACUGUGACAAGAGAUUCAGUCAGUCAUCAAAUCUGAAAACACAUGAGAUGAUCCACACUGGAGAGAAACCUUAUAAGUGUUCACACUGUGAAAAGAGAUUCAGUGUGUCAUCAAGUCUGAAAACACAUGAAAGGAUUCACACUGGAGAGAAACCUUAUAAGUGUUCACACUGUGACAAGAAAUACAGUCAGUCAGGACACCUGAAAACACAUGAAAGGAUUCACACUGGAGAGAAACCUUAUAAGUGUUCACACUGUGACAAGAAAUACAGUCAGUCAGGACACCUGAAAACACAUGAGAGGAUCCACACUGGAGAGAAACCGUAUCACUGCACUGAAUGUGGGAAGUGUUUCAAUCAAUCUUCUGCUCUACACAGUCAUACAAAAAACAAUCACAGCCUCUGCGGAACCGACCCACCAAAAAGCUGCAGAAUAAACCCAUUACCAAAACAGGAUCUAAAGAUUCCCCCACACAGACAUCACAAGAUCGUAAAACUAACAACACCCUCAUUGUCUGGAUUAGUUUCCUCUCAACAUGAUAAUAGCUAAUCCAAUCAAGGGAAAAGAGAGCUCCUUUGUCUCAACGAACUGAAGAGUCAUUCAAGCAACAUACGGUUAAGUGCUACCUCGUGGACACUACGCAUAAAUCCAUAGUAGAAGCCUGAAAACAGGAAAGACACAUUUACAUGACACUCUCCAGGCCUGCAAACACCCAAGAUCCAUACAGCGUGACUCCUUGUGAUCCCCGAGGGCAGGGGUCUGCAACCUUCAACAUCAAAAGAGCCAUUUUGGCCCCUUUCACACAAGAUAAAACUCUUGCACUUUAGGGCUGUGCGAUUAAUUUUAAUUUUAUUUUCGAUUAUGAGUUUGACUUCAAAGGAUUAUGAUAAGAUAUAUUGAUAUAUACAAGAUAUAUAAAAGAGGUGAAGCGAUAUAUUGGAGAAAAUCUGAUGUGUCAGAGUUUUGGAUCCAUGUGUUAGUUCUUAAAGUGACAGCAGCCUGUGGAGCAGUUGUGGCCUAAUGGUUAGAGAGUCAGACUUGUAACCCAAAGGUGAGACCCUCGAGCAAGGCACCAAACCCCCAACUGCUCCCCAGGUGCUGCCUCAAAAAUGGCUGCCCACUGCUCCAGGUGUGUGUUCAUGAUGUGUGUGUUCAGGAGUCACUGCUGUGUGUUAAGCUGAUCUUUUGCCAAAAAGAAACACAGAAAUGUUUAAACUUCAUUACAAGCCAUGCAAUCUAAAGUCAGUGUGAAAGUAAUUUACUGAAACUCUGAAAUUUUCCAUAAUAAAAGGCAAAAAAAAAAAAGAGCUACCAUGUUAAUCUUACUGCAUGCACCCAAGUAUGAAAAGUGACAUUAAUUUUUAUUUUAU